UCACUUUUAUAUUGUGAUGAAAUCAUGUCUAAAGCAUUGCUAGCCACUCAUAGAUAACGAGAGCUUUUCUACAAUAGUGAAUAAGUGACAGUGCCGUUGCGUUAUAAAUAUUACAACUACCAACUGAAUAUGUAUUUGUCAAAUUAUUAUAGGUCUGUCAUUUCCAAAUGUAAUUUCUAUUCAUAUAAGAAUUAUUAGCGGGGGGAUAGUUUUUUAAACCUCUAAUCUGAUAAUGAAGUGAUAAACUAAACAUUGGAUGAAUAAUUCUGUUAAAAAUAAGAAGAAGAAAUCGAGCUAAGAGUAUUUUGAAUUAAAUAUGUUCAAAACUGUAAAAUUUUGUUUAAUUAGCCUCUCGAGGCAUAAUCAAUUACAGGUAAUUAGAAAUCUUUGUAAUAAAUCAAAUUUAUUCCAAAAUAUUCUUAUUCCCAAUAUACAAGUGAAUUCAAAUUUUAAUAGCAGUAGUGUUGAUUUUAAUUUAACAAAUACUAAUGUACCUAAACCAUUAAGUGUACAUGAUACAAUUACUUCAAUUCAACUCAAAAAGAGGGUAAUUAGAAAGAAAAAAUCUUUAGAAGAGGAAGAGAAGAAACCUGGUAAUUAUAACGUUGUAGCAUUUGCAACUGCCGAAGAAUACAAUUUAGAAAAUUUAUUCAAUGGCUUAGUCAAACAAAAUUUAUAUGAGGUUAAAAAGAUAGAUAAUAAUUCAGAUGCUCUACAUGCAACAGCCAAAUAUAAAGUUGAUAGAGAACAGAGAGAAAUAUUUUUUUUCAGAGAUGGUAGUGUUGUAUUUUGGAAUAUUGCGGAUCUUGAAAGUAGUAAUGUAUUGGAGUUUUUGAAGCAAUAUGAAGAGGACAGCUAUUCUGAACGACUGGUUCAGUCGGAAUAUGAAAUAAUGAAUUAUAAAUAUUUUUCUGCUAACAAUAAAACAAGUUGUAUAGAUAAAGAUGGCCACUUCAUUCUAUCUCCAAGUGAAAAUGAUUCCACACUAACUAAAUACACAUUUUCAAAUGCAAUGAUGCUUAGUGUGAAGCUAGGCAUAUGGGAAUCAUCAUUAGAAAGAUACAUUGACGAAAUUGAAUUUGUGACUAAUGAUUUAAAAGAUGGAAAAAUUACUAAGUUAUCAAGACAGGGUGUCCUUAAAAAACAAGGAGAACUGUUUGCACUAAGACAUUAUUUAAAUUUGAGCUCCGAUGCUUUGGACACACCAGAUUUUUAUUGGGACAAUGAAGAAUUGGAAAAUUUGUAUAAUCAAGUAUGCAACUAUUUUUGUAUCAACAAAAGAUCCAAAGUAAUGAACGAGAAGAUAAACUACUGCGUGGCACUAAUAGAACUUCUUUCAUUUCAUUUAAGUGAUAAGCAUCACGAAAGGCUGGAAUGGAUGAUAAUAGCCCUUAUAGCAGUUGAAGUUGCCUUUGAAAUAAUACACUAUAUAGAUAAAUAUGCAAAUUGAAAUUCCAACUUGUAAAAUUAGGCUCGUUGUCACUAAUAAGUAGACAUGGGUUGUUCAAAAUGAUUUUUUAAUUUUUUGUACAUCAUUCAAAGGAAUGAAAUAAAAAAACUUAUCGACAGUUUAAACAA